AUGGCUCCUGAGCCUGCGAUCAGACUUGGACUCGAGCUUCUGUAUAGUGCCCCAUGUGACGGCGGUCAGCCUGGACCUCUUGUGGACGUGGUGGCUAUCCACGGCCUGGGAGCCCAUCCUGACUACACAUGGACUGCUGGCGAUGUCAAUUGGCUGAGAGAUGAACAUAUGCUCCCACAAGCCAUCCCAAAUUCAAGGAUAUUGCGGUUUGGCUAUGAAUCUCAAUGGCUGGGCAAAGAGGCAAUACAGCAGAGGCUGCCGUUGGUCGCGGACCAACUACUGCGGAACCUGAUGGCCUCACGAAAGGCUUUGGUAUCCGCAAAACUCCACGAAGAAGACUAUCCAUGCAUCAUAAGAUCUGUAGCGGGUAUUGUUUUUCUGGGAACGCCACACCGCGGAUCAAACUCCCACUCCAAGGCAUCAGUGAUCGCGAACAUCGCCUCAGCUGUUUCCCUGGGAGAGCAAAGCAGCCUACUGAAGGCUGUUGAAAAAGACUCUGAGAUGCUGGCGGAUCUCUUGCAUGAUUUUACACGUACCGUCAAUACCAUAUCGAUUCCUCUGUUUUGUUUUUUCGAGCAGCACAAGUCAGAUGUUGCAAAGGUCAUAAGAUUCAAAGGCUCCAAGAACUUGAUGCCGAGUGUCAAGGUACGGCAACACGUCCUAGUGCGUCGCCACAACCAAAAUUGA